AUGAUGACCAGUUACGUGCAUCGUCAAGCCAGUAACAUGCUUCAAGAGCUAUGCAUGGAAUCUUAUGGAAAGACAGCGGAAAAGAAGCUGGAACUGUUCAUGCAGGCUACAUUUAACGCUUUCAAUACGUCACGUAAAACACUUGUGUCCGAUAGCAGAACAGCAUGGGCAGCGGAGAGCAAGGCGGCUGCAUUCGAUGAAUUUAUGCGUCCUAUGAGCCUUGGUCUUGAUAUGAUAGCAUUUUCAGUAUCGAUUCCUUCCAGAUCGAUAUCUGUAAAUUAUACGCCAGAAUGGAUCAGAAAGGAAUUCGAUACCUUUCUGAAACCGCCACCAUCAAGUUGCUGCACAGGCAUCACUGGAAGAUCUGGUACACUGUACAAGUUGUACCGGAUGAAGAUUGAAGAAAAAGAGCCGCUAUCAGGGAAGAACAUGCUGAAAAACCUUCGGGCAUCGAAGCGCUUCAACUCGUAUGCGAUUGCUCUCUUCCAAGAAGGAAUUCAUGAUGAACUUGCUGAACGACAAAUACGUCGGUUACUUAGAUUAGUUACCAAUCAGAUGUUUUCUGUUUAUCCUCAAAUUAACCAAAGUGUAUUGUUAUAG